UUUUCUUUCUAAAUAGAUACACAACCAAUCUAUUUAAUUCUUAUCUUUAGGUUUUUCCCAUAUAUAUAUAUCAGCCAAGUAGCCAACAGCGCCUAUAUAUUACCCUAUUAGGCCAAGAAUCCAGACACAUAACCAAUAAGGUUUCCUUCUAUACUCCUUCUCUCCACACUCCACCAAAACUUGUUCGUCAAGAUGAUGAUGAUGAUGAUUAUGAUAGCGGGAUUCGUGGACUCCAUAAUGUCACCCAUCAAGACUUGGUUAGACACGGUGUCAAAUACCCACGACGACCACCUCAAGAACACCAGCAUGGUGGUGAAGGAGCUUGGUGUUGGUAUCUCUCCAGUUGAAUGCAUCGUGUGCCUGUCAGAGGUGGCAUCAGGAGAAAGGUUGGCAAUGCUUGAAAGGUGCAGACAUGGGUUUCACGUUCAGUGUGUUGAAGCAUGGUUGAAAGACCAUCCAAACUGCCCUCUUUGUAGAACCCCAAUUUCUGGUUCUAAUGAAGAUACCCAGAAGCAUAGAGUUUACUUGAAGAAAUUGUAUGGGAUCAUGAGCUGUUAUGGCUUCUGUGCUGUAGAGAACACGUCCGGUUGGCUAGCCAGGGUUUGCACUCCGGUCUUUCUGAGAGCUUCAGUUACUUGUGAUAUAACUAGUCGAUAGAUAUACUCUUAUACAGAGUACGUUGUUUAUGUUUUUUUUGAUGCUAUACGAUCUCUUAUAACCACAUGUAGGUACGUAUAUAAGGCUCUUGUUCAUUGCAUAGAGAUCUAUAAGCAUGUAACCGAAACUUUGAUAAUUAUAGAUAUUCUUUAUUCCUUACAAGAAA